GCUGGGCGCAAGGUGGAUCCACACUAUUCCAAAGCGACAGGCCCCCUUCCCAUCUCCUUAUAAGCCAUGUGAAGCCCCCAGUACAUACUUACCGACUUCCCAUAGCCACACCUCCCCACCCCUGAAAUGUAACAAGAAGCUGCUGGAGGCUCUCUCUCUCUCUCUCUCUAUAUAUAUAUAUAUAUAUAUAUGUACAAAAGAGGGUUUACACCUUUAAUUUCGUCUGGUCUCUAAACUGAAGUUGGGGGGUAACGAUCUCUAGCUAUCAAUCUAUUAUAUCUCAGUCUCUUCUCUAGUUUGCACAUGCAGUAAUUGUAAUUGCACACAUCUCCUAUAAUUUUCCUGAACAUGAAUGUGAUCACAAUGAGAGUCAAGACUCUGAUCAGCUUUGGACCUUAAUUUUAAAGUGUUGAAAAGGCUAUUAGGGUAGCUGGGCUAGCUAGCCAGGGCAUGAUUUGCAUUGGGAUGGCCUUCCUUCCUCCAGAUUUCAUUUUCCAGUCUCACGAAGCGGACCAUCUUCCUUCCACCUCCCUCAAUAUCCUCCCGUCCUGCACUGCAUCUCAUCAAGAAGAUUUUCAUGGUGUUGCGCUGAAGAGAUCUAUGUCGUUUUCGGGCACUGAAAGAUGUGAGGAGCACAAUAAUAUUAAUGCAGAGGAUGACUUGUCUGAUGAUGAGUCGACGCAGGCAGGGGAGAAGAAGAGAAGGCUAAACAUGGAGCAGGUGAGAGCGCUUGAGAAGAGCUUCGAGCUGGGGAACAAGCUUGAGCCUGAGAGGAAAGUGCAGCUGGCUAAGGCUUUGGGUCUGCAGCCAAGACAAAUUGCCAUUUGGUUUCAAAACAGGAGGGCCAGGUGGAAGACCAAGCAGCUGGAGAAGGACUACGACCACUUGAAGAAGCAGUUUGAAGCAGUCAAGGCGGAUAAUGAUGCCCUUCAAUUUCAGAACAAGAAGCUCCACGCCGAGCUGUUGGCCCUCAAAAGCAGAGAACCAAGCGGAGCUACACCUAUUAACCUUAAGAAAGACAACGGGGCCUCUUGGAGCCAUGGACCUGAGAACACUUCUGAUAUAGAUAUCUCAAGAACACCAGUAAUAAGCAGCUCAGGGUCCUCUUCUCAGUUUAAUGAAAAACACCUCUUCCCAUCGUCCCUCAGGCCUGGUUCAAGCAUAACUCAGCUCCUGCAAGGCUCAUCGGCAUCUGAAAUUCAGUGCCCGAAAAUGGAUCAAAUGGUUCAAGAUGAUGGGUUCUGCAACAUGCUUGGCAGCAUUGAAGAUCAGCCAGGAUUGUGGUCAUGGCCAGAGCAGCACCAUUUCCAGUGAUGAAUUGAACUGGUUAAACCUAGUUAAAACAAUUUCACACUCACCCACUAUGGAUCAUGGGUCCGUGAUCAUUGCAGACCUACAUGGCAGCAAAUGAGAGACUAGUGCAUGGGAAUAGAAUCCACUGCCCCUCUUCUGGACUUCUCCUCUCUUAUGCUGCCACAUGGGCCCUUGAUCGCACCGGCCAGCGACCUUAAGCAUUUUCCCUACUACAAUGUUUGGCAACGAGUUGGUUGCAAGAUCAAGAGAAAUUUUUUGGGAGCUGUUUCAACGUAGAAAAAUAUUUUUUUUUACUUAUCAUUUUCAAGUUUCAAUUAAAUCAUUAUGAAUAUGGCCAUAUUAUUUUUCAGCUUAUCACCAUUUGAAUACGAAUUUGGGAAUAUAUAUUUUUUUAUUGUUUUCUAAA